AUGGGAUUUAAGUGGAAGAAGUUGGAUAAUAGAAAAAUCCUAAUGGAGAAGCCAUCAGUGGCCCUGUUAAGGUGCCGUUUCCUACGAAAGAUUCGUGACGUAGACAUAAAGAAAGUGGUUUUCUUAGAUGAAACAUGGGUCAAUGCGAACAUUUGCAAAGACAUUGGAUGGACUGAUAAUAGCAUAAAAUGUACAUUGAAUUCGCCGUUAGGCAAAGGCAAACGUCUGAUUAUAUGCCAUGCAGGAGGGUACAAUGGUUGGAUUGAUGCGCCACCUCUUAUCUUCCAAUCAAAAAAAACUGUUGAGUAUCACGAAGAAAUGAACGCUGAAAUCUUUGAGGGUUGGUUUUUUGAAGUGCUUCUGAAGUCGAUUCCAGCUGGAUCCAUUAUUGUAAUGGACAACGCUCCAUACCACUCGCGGGUAGCCAAUAAAGCGCCCACGUCAGGUUCAAGAAAGGCUGAAAUGGUAGAAUGGCUAAGCUCCCGCAAUAUCAUGUUUACUCCAGAUAUGAGAAAACCGGAGCUAUACAACCUCAUUAAGCUACACAAAUCACAGGUGACAGUGUAUGAAAUUGACAAGAGAGCUGUUCAACUUGGAUUUAAAAUUAUAAGACUACCGCCCUACCACUGUAACUAUAAUCCGAUCGAAUUGGUAUGGGCAAAUUUGAAGAAGUAUGUUUCUUCAAGAAAUUCUACCUUUAAGCUGUCUGAUGUUCAAAAUUUAUUCAUGGAAGCAGUGAACUCUUUGUCUCAAGACGAUUGGCGGAGGUGUGUCAACCAUGUUAAAGCGGACAUCGACUCGGACUGGAUAAACGAAGGGCUCGAUGAUACCAGUGUCCAGGAAAUGAUCGUACAUUUGGCACCUGGUGACUCGGAUGACAGCGAAUGGGAGAUCGACGACGACUCUGACGCGGGGGUGUGGCCAUUAGAUUAA